UGCUAGAUUCAGCAGCUCAAGCCCGACCAACUCUCCACACGGGCCGUCAUUGUAGAAUCUAAUACCGAAUUGAAUAGUUCUUUUUGGCUGGACACUGGGGUGACGCAAAAGUGAGAGCCACAAUCACGGAAGCAUCCGGGUACUAGGCCAGCCCUCAGUAUGUCUGUCCCUGUGAGCUGCUACUCUGUCGAUAGCAUGAACAACAUCGACCAGCAGCCCAUCGGCAUCGGCGGCCACGGUCUACACACGUCCACCUCCAACCAUCUGAUGAUGAUGGAGGAUGACGAUGACCGCCGGCCAAUGAUGAGGAUGAGCCCACCGACAACCGUUCAUGCGCACGGCCAGACGAUGCAUCACGAUCAGCGGAUGUUGUCAGAGGAGGGCCGGCUUGGGACACCGGAUGCUGCUGAUGGAGUUCUGUUGGCGUCGCACGACUGUCGCCGCGGUGGCACCACUGUCACCGGCAGCGGCUCCAUGCACUCAUCGGGCCCGGGCAGCGAAAGCACCAGCUAUCACUACCCGCCGCAUCAUCACCACCACCAUCACCACCGAAACCACCCGAUGAUGAUGGAUACCGCCGCGGACGGCACGGCAUGCGCCAAUCAUGACGAUGGCCAGGACUUAGUCGGAGCUGCCGGGGCAGCGGCAGCGGCUAAGUGCACCUCACCACAUAAGCACACCACCAACACUGCAUCAUCUUCAUCACCAUCAUCGGCACCAUCAGCAACAUGUAACAGCACCAUCACCGGAGCAGCAGCAGCACCAGCACCAGCAAUGCCAGCGCAGACAUUCGAGGAGAUGAUGGCUAAGCUGAGUGAACUGCUUGCCCUGGAACCGAAGUACCAACCCAACCUUUACCUGCCGCAACAAUCAGUCAAUGGCGAAAUCACGAUCGGCACCCGCGAUGGAGCUGCCCAUGUGCUGCGCUGCCUGAAGGUUUGGUACGAGCUACCGAACGAUGUCCUGUUCGCUGCCAUUAACUUGGUUGAUCGCUUCCUGACCAAGAUGAAGGUCCGCCCGAAGCAUAUGGCGUGCAUUUCGGUCAGUUCCUUCCAUCUGGCAGUGCAGCAGCUCAGCAUGCCGAUCAUCGACACCGAGGAUCUAAUUGCAAUUUCGCAGUGUCGUUGCACGUCUCGCGAUCUGGUGCGAAUGGCGGACAUUGUCGCCAACAAGCUGGGCGUUCAGAUGAAUCUGGCCCCGGUAACGGCGCUUUCGUUCAUCCGGCUGUUUUACUACAUCUUUGAGAAGGCUGCAAAUGCGCUCGGGCUGUCUGAAAUCUUCAAAUCAGCCAUCUCACUAGCCGAUCUGGAAAUGCGGCUCGAAAUCUUGGCGUGCGACGCUAGCUGCGCUAGCAUUCGCCCGUCCGAGUUGGCGCUCGUGAUGAUCUUCACCCAGAUGGAUGUGUACGUUAGCGCGAACAAGGACAACGGUCUGGUACAUCAACAGAUUCACGAUCUCGUUGACUACGCCAUCCAGCUGCAGAAAUUCUGUCGAAUCCCAGACAGCAGCUUCCUUUACAGUCACAGUAUUGUGACGAAGAUUCUUUCGCUUUACAACGGGCAGCAUAAGAUCCCGUACAAGCAGCGGCUAGUAUGGAAACUUUCAUCCCGUACUAUGCGUGUGCUGCGUCCCACUGACAAGUUGACCUCCUAUUUGCCAACGAUUGCCGAACAUCAUCAUACCCAUGGUCACAUGAGCAACAACAAUCUUAGAUUCAGAACUGGCAGCGUAAGCUCCGAAGACGAUGGAGAAGAUUGGCCAACAUCGCCGAUCGUAGCCGUUUGUGAACAGUUCGUUGACGAGUAA